UGGGCUCUGCUCAGAACUUCUUCUAAAGCUUUCGCCACUGAAUCCAUUCUACAAAACAACACAGCCCGCCACCCAAAAAAGAAGUUAUUAAAAGUGGCAAAAAAAAAAAGACAAGUUGCAAGCCCGUCCUGCUUAUCCUCCCUCCCGGCGUCUUCUCUCCACUGAGCCGUGGUCGAGGACGGACGACGGAUGAAAGAAGUAACAAAAUCCAAAUGGAACCUCCAAAUAUUCCAGAGGAGAAUGUGGCGAUGAAACGAGACCACGAUGAUCCUCUGCUGGAAUACGCAGAGAGAGGCAAGUGGGCCAACAAGAGAGAGUUUCUUUUGGCAGUGGUGGGAGAAAUCAUCGGUCUGGGGAACGUCUGGAGAUUUCCAUAUCUCUGCUUCAAGAAUGGUGGAGGUGUUUUCUUGGUGCCAUUCGUGGUGUUCCUGCUUACCUGUGGGAUGCCUGUCUUCUUUCUGGAGUUGUCUUUGGGACAGUUAACCGGUCAGGGUGGAAUCACGUGUUGGAGGAAAAUAUGUCCUUUACUUGAAGGUUUAGGGUACGGCAGUCAAGUGAUUAUCUUGCUGACCCUCAUGUAUUACAUCAUCAUCCUGGCUUGGGCCUUUCUCUACCUCUUCUCGUCCUUCCACGCUGAACUCCCUUGGGCCAGCUGCAAUAACACCUGGAACACAGGGGACUGUGUUGAUUACCAACACAGCCGUUCAUCCAAUGGAAGCGUUUCUGCAAAUUCCACAUCAUCUGUUGAAGAAUUCUGGCAGAGGAGGGUCCUGAGUUUGUCUGGAGGCAUUGAAGAGAUGGGAAGCAUUCGCUGGGACCUGGCUGGGUGUCUUCUGCUCAGUUGGAUUAUUUGUUACCUGUGUGUGUGGAAUGGUGUCAAGUCUUCAGGAAAGGUAGUCUACUUCACCGCCACCUUUCCUUAUGUGAUGAUGAUCGCUUUGCUAAUUCGUGGUCUGACCUUGCCGGGAGCCAUGGAUGGAAUCAGAUUUUACCUUUCUCCUGACCCGUCACGUCUGUCUGAUCCACAAGUAUGGAUGGAUGCGGCCAGCCAGAUAUUAUUCUCCUACGCUGUCUGCACGGGCUGUUUGUCAUCUUUGGGAAGCUACAACAAAUACAACAACAACUGCUACAGAGACACGUAUGCACUGUGCCUCCUCAACAGUUCAACAAGCUUUGUCGCUGGUUUUGCGAUAUUCUCAGUCCUCGGCUUCAUGUCGUACGAGCUGGGUGUUGACAUCGCAGUGGUGGCUGAAUCAGGCCCAGGCCUCGCAUUCAUUGCUUACCCCCGGGCAGUCGCUAUGAUGCCUUUGCCACAACUCUGGGCUGCCUGCUUUUUUAUCAUGAUUAUUCUCCUCGGACUGGACAGUCAGUUUGUGUACCUCGAAGGUUUGGUGACAUCUAUAUCAGAUAUGUACCCAGCCAUCUUUUUCACUGGGCAUCGACGUCAAAUUCUGCUUUUGGCCCUGUGUGUCAUUUGCUUAUCUGUGGGCCUCUGCAUGGUCACUGAGGGAGGACUGUAUGUCUUUCAGCUUUUUGACUAUUAUGCCUGCAGUGGCAUCCCCUUGAUCACUUUCGCCAUUUUGGAGUCCCUUUGCAUAGGAUGGAUAUAUGGCGCUGACAACUAUUACAACAAAAUCAAGGAUAUGAUUGGCUAUCGGCCUUCACCUUACAUGAAAUACUGUUGGAAGUACAUGACUCCAUGUUUGUGUACAGGGGUAUUAUGUUUCUUCAUUGGCCGCUUCACCUCUCUGAAGUACAAUAACACCUACCAGUACCCCUGGUGGGGGCACGUCCUAGGACUACUGCUCGCUUUGUCUUCAAUUGUCAUGGUUCCACUGUGGGCUCUCUACAGUGUUGCUACAACGCCAGGAUCUCUCGUUCAGAGGCUGAGAGUGCUGAUGACACCAGCAGAUGGCAGUAAGUCAGUGAACAAGUCUGACACAUUCUCCCAUCUCCAGUAAGAAGUGGGACAUUUUUAUUUUCAACAAAUCUCUUCUAAUACUGCAGCUUUAAUGUAAACAAUAAAGUUAUUAGCUGCGUGUG